GCUCAUGGAAUGGAAGGCCCAACCGAAAACCCUCUCUUCUGAAAACUCUCAAACCCUAAAAAAAAGGAGGAAGCGAAAAGGAGGAAGCGAGAGGGGCGCAAGGGCAGAGAGCUCGGGCAUGGUAGUUCUGAUUUUUAGUUUACGUUAAUCGGUUGAAGUCUAUCAUUCAGGAAACUGUAUUGGUUUAUUAAGUAGGGAACAAGAUGAGGUUGGAGAAGUGUUGGUUUUGUUCCUCUACAAUAUAUCCAGGGCAUGGUAUUCAGUUUGUCCGCAAUGAUGCCAAGAUUUUCCGCUUUUGUAGAUCAAAAUGCCACAAGAACUUUAAGAUGAAGAGGAAUCCUCGUAAAGUAAAAUGGACCAAGGCUUAUAGACGAUUGCAUGGAAAGGACAUGACACAGGAUUCAACAUUCGAGUUCGAAAGGAAGCGUAAUAGGCCAGAGAGAUAUGAUAGAAACCUUGCAGAAAACACUUUGAAGGCCAUUAAAAAGAUUGAUAAAAUCAGUUCAGAUAGGCAGAAACACCACAUCUCCAGCAGGCUUAAUACAGGCAAAGUCAAAAGGAGGAAGGAGGCAAAAAACGAAUUGAACCAGAGUAUUCACAUGAUCAAAGCCCCAUCAGUUAUCAAAGAAGAUUCAUCUCUUACUCUCCCGAAAAUCAAAGUCAAGGUGUCACAGACUCUGGCAGAAGAGAAUCAGCCAAUGGAAGAGUAAAUUUUGUUCCAUCUUCUCUCUAUGUUGUUCUGUUCCACCCUGCAGUUAUCUUGAAGUGCUUCUUGUGUGGAUGCAAAAGUUGUCUGAAAUUUUGAGAGGCCUAUCAAAACUUUGUUGCUAUUGUUUUUCUGAUAUUGAAUCCUUAGAAACCAUUGUGAACCAAUUAUUAUUCUCUGGCUUUAAAUAACUGUCUUUUUUUUUU